AUGGAGAAUUUUAAGCAAUCCACUUUUCUCUUCUUUCUUCUUCUUCUAAUCCUUCCUUUUCUGGUUUUAUCUACAGAGGACAAACAGGUAUAUAUAGUCUACUUUGGAGAGCAUAGUGGAGAAAAAACAACUCAAGAAAUUGAAGACAACCAUCAUUCAUAUCUGUCCUCUGUGAAGGAAACAGAGGAAUAUGCAAAAUCUUCUCUUCUUUACAGUUACAAGCACAGCAUUAAUGGCUUCGCCGCUUUUCUUACCUCACAAGAAGCUUCGAAGCUGUCGGAAAGGGAUGAAGUGGUGUCCGUGUUCCGGAGCCAUCCGGAGAAGUAUUCGAUGCACACGACGAGAUCGUGGGAGUUUUCCGGCUUACAAGAGUCGAAGAAAGUGAGCGAAUUGGACAAGGAUGAUUACAUGUUAUUGAAAUCCAGAUACGGCAAGAAUGUUAUCAUCGGCAUGUUGGACAGUGGAAUUUGGCCAGAAUCGGAAAGUUUCAGUGACAAAGGAAUGGGGUGCAUACCAAAGUCGUGGAAAGGAACAUGCGAAUCGGGCCACGAAUUCAACGCAUCACAUUGCAACAGAAAGAUAAUCGGCGCCCGAUACUACCUCAAGGCAUUCGAAAAGGAAUUCGGGCCCGUGAAUAAAACGAUUGAUUACCGCUCGGCCCGCGACAAAGACGGGCACGGGACCCACACCGCGUCCACGGCCGCCGGCCGGAGGGUCAGCCGUGCGGCAUCCCUCGGAGGCUUCGCCGGCGGGACAGCCACCGGCGGGGCCCCGCUGGCCCGCCUGGCUAUUUACAAGGUAUGUUGGGCGUUGAAUGAGGAUGACGCAGCGUGCAACGACGCUGACAUCCUAGCCGCCAUUGACGAUGCAAUUGGGGACGGCGUCAACGUGCUUAGCAUCUCGCUUGGCGCGGAAAAACCUUUCGCCUUAAGUGAAGAUUCCACAGCCAUCGGUGCCCUUCACGCCGUUAAGAAGGACAUAGUCGUGGCCUGCAGUGCUGGGAAUAGUGGACCCGACCCAGCUACGGUGGUUAAUUCGGCGCCGUGGAUUAUGACGGUUGGGGCUAGCAGUGUUGACAGGAGAUUCCCAUCCCCUAUUGUGCUUGGGAAUAAAAUUGUGGUGAUGGGAGAAUCAGUAACACCGUAUAAGGCGAAAAACAAGAUGUUUCCAUUAGCCUUGGCAAGUCAAUUAACACGCUCUGGUGUACCCAAAAACAUUUCCGGGUCUAAGUAUUGCCUAUCAGGUUCCCUCUCUCCACAAAUGGUUAAAGGAAAAAUCGUAUUGUGUAAAGCCGGAUAUGUACAUCCAAUGCUCAAAGGCGACGAGGUCAAAAGAGCCGGAGGCGUUGGUGUAAUCUUAACAUAUGGUAAAUUCUAUGGAAACACACUACUGCUCGAUGCAAAUAUUCUGCCUGAAACUUCCAUUGAUUACAACGACGCCUUAACAAUUCUCGAUUAUAUCAAUACCACAAAAGAACCAACGGCAAAGAUAUUUCCAGCUAAGAGUCUAUUAGAAGCCAAACCAGCACCUUUCAUGGCUGCUUUCUCUAGCACAGGUCCCAACUCGAUAUCACCGGAUAUUUUAAAGCCGGACAUCACGGCUCCAGGACUAAAUAUAUUAGCAGCAUGGAGCGGAGCAUCUCCUCCCACUAAUAUUGCAAGUGAUAAUCGAAGAGUCAAGUAUAAUAUCCUAUCGGGCACAUCAAUGUCUGCUCCACAUGUAGCCGGAGCAUUGGCUUUGCUCAAGGCCCUGCACCCUAAUUGGAGUAGCGCCGCUUUACGAUCUGCCAUCAUGACCUCAGCUGAACAAGAAGACAAUACGGGCAACCAAAUAACUGAUUCAAACGGCAAUCCAGCCAACCCAUUUCAAUUCGGGUCGGGUCAUUUCAACCCGACGAAAGCCGCUAACCCUGGACUUGUGUAUGAUGCUUCUUACACGGACUAUCUUCUCUUCCUAUGUAGCAUUGGAGAUAAAAAUCUUACUUCUUCUUCUUCAUCAUUUGAGUGCCCGAAAAAUCCACCUUCUGCGGGUAAUUUGAACUACCCAUCUGUGGCAAUACCGAGAUUAAACGGUACCGUUACAAUUAGCAGGACAGUCACUAAUGUGGGAAGCUGCAGUAGUGUUUAUUUUAUCAAUGUAAAACCUCCACAAGGAAUAUCCGUAAAAAUAUCGCCUCUUGUGCUCGUAUUCAACAAACUUGGUCAAAAGAUACGCUUCGCAAUCACGGUAAAAGUACAAAAUCAAACGAAGAUUGAGAAGGGCAAAUAUUUAUUUGGAGAGUACAAGUGGUACAAUGCAGAUUAUAGUGUGAGGAGUCCCAUUGCAGUUUCAGUGGACUAG